AUGGAAUCGUCCGAACCAAAUCCGUCGCAGUCUGAAGCCAUUUCCCUCGUAAAGGCGCAGCUGGGGGUCGCAUUCGCACAGCUGGCCAUUGCCUUGAUCAAGGAAGUCGGGCCAUGGCUCAUCUCUAAGAUGUGUGGGGUGAUGGACGGGACGAAGGCGGCACUUGACACCAACCUUCCACCCAUGAAGGCGGCACUCGACAACCUUCCAUCCAUCACGAAGACCCCGCCCAGCAGACCACGUCUGGCAACCCCUCUGAGUAACGUCGAGGGAGCGGCGUGGCAGGGGCAGGGACACGCGGAUCUCAGCCACCAUCACCAGCACGCCAUCGUCAGUCACACACCUUCCCACACGGCAACUUCCCCCAUCCACAUCCAUCCACACCCGCCGCCUCGCAGCUCGACGGCGUGUGCGGGCGCAGGGACACGGGGUUCUUGGUUUGGUCAGCUGUCAACUCGCCUCGCCGGUAGAAUCUUGGCUUCCCAUUGCGUUGACAAAACCGUGGUCGUGAAGCGGCCUGAGGCACAAGGCGAUGGGCAAUUGAGAUGGCGACACGGGAGGUUGCGAGCGCCACGGGAGGUUGCGAGCGCCACGGGAGGUUGCGAGCGCCACGGGAGGUUGCGAGCGCCACGGGAGGUUGCGAGCGCCACGGGAGGUUGCGAGCGCCACGGGAGGUUGCGAGCGCCACGGGAGGUUGCGAGCGCCACGGCUGCUGAAAUGGGUCGUUUCGUUGCUGUUGACACGCCACCCCACGACGAGAUGGCAUUGCAAAUACCAAGCACGACACGCUUCAAACUACCGGACGGUGAAACGGAAGUGUGGAUUACUGGCACCAACAAUGCUCCCGGAAAGGACUAUGUCGUCGGAUCUGGUGAUGCAGCGCUGGCUCGGUGGACGAAUGUUGGAACGCAAACCAGGCUAUCCCUACCCAUCGUCAACGACGACAUUGCACACUUCGGCAACGUUCUGGAGCUCGAGCUUGGGGGCUCACAUGUACCAAGCUCUAGCCUGCCAUUUGGGUCCGACAGCCCGAACCGUGAUCUCACACUGGCAUGGGCCUCGGUUUAUGCCCUGUGGUUGCAUCCCGACAACAGAGAAGUGGACGUAAUUGCUGUCUCGGUGGAAAGCGGACGAGUGGGAGAGUACAUGCAGUGCACCGGUCUGGGACAACUAUCACCAUACUCGUCGGACGCAAGCACAUCAAAACCCGAGGAUAGCAUCUACUGGCUCUCCAGGGAGACGUUUUGGCAGGGAGCCGGGGCGCCAGACUCGCAGCAUUGGCUCCGGGCCCGGCCUGAAGUGACCAGCUUCCCGGGGUUCAACGGGACGCUGGGUGUCUUCGCCAGCCAACUGGGAUUCACGCGCAAGGGCAACGUCUGCACUGUCCACCCGGUACGGCCGCCCAAGCCCAAGCCCGGCACGGUCAUCUACUCCCGCUUCAUCGUCGAGCUUGGGCAACAGCUGCGGAUUCUGCACAUCGACGCCGAGAAUCCGGCACACUUCGAGGCAUACGCGCGGUGGCAGAACUCGGAUCGCGUUAACAAGGCCUGGAAGGAGCGCGGACCGGACGAGCACCACCGCGCAUACCUCGCGGCGCAGCUGGCCGAUCCGCACAGUAUGUCGUGUCUGUUCGAGUGGGACGGCGAGCUCGCCGGGUACACGGAGCUGGGGUGGGUGAAGGAGGACAACGCGGCGUGUUUCUUCAGUUCCAACUGCGGCAUUGUUGUGGGGGAGCACGACCAGAACUCGCACAUCUUCGUCGGCGAGGAACACCUCCGCGGCGGCAAGAGAUACCAGGCCGUGGCGACGUCCAUCAAGCACUGCUGCUUCCUGCGAGAGCCUCGGACAAAGCAGGUGAUUGCGGAGCCGCAGUUUGACUUGGCUCAUGUUCAUAUCCAGAACAAGUACCUACCGCAGGAGAAGAAGAAGCGGUUCCACUUGCCGCACAAGACGGCCACGCUGUUUGCCCUGCAACGCGAUCGCUUCUUCCAGGAGGCGUAUUUUGUAUAA